AUGGAGGUGUGUGUCAUUGCCAAGUGCACAUAUAAGUCGGAAACCAUCAUGUUUUCAGUUUCAUCAGAGUCAUCCAUGGUUGAUAUUUUGAAGACUUUGUGUCUGAGGUUUAAGGGUUUGCAGUUGGGUUGUUUCACAUUACGGUAUUCGGUGCCCAGUUAUUCGGGUUAUUUUCUAGAAACGGAUAGCGAUUUGGACUUGAUGAGGACAUUUUUGUUGAUAUCAAAUGAGAAGACUGUUGAUAUUUUAGUGAAGGAUUUAUGCGGGAGCAGUGAAUAUAGUGGUGAUUUUUGUGUAAAUAAGGAGUUGAUAGCAUGUGAAAAGGGCGAGUCGUCGUGUUCUAGUACUGUCGAAGACAGAAACGAGUUUUUGGCAGAGGAGUUCUGGUUGAAAUUGUGCAAGUACGCUCUUGAAGUAGGAUUUAAUUUUUUAUAUGCCGGCAAUGACAAGAAGCGGGUGGUUGCUGUUUGUUUGAAUAAGAAAUUGGAGGGUUGCAGCUGGCGUGUUUAUGCUUCUCGUUUUGAAGCUACUGGCAGUUUUGUAAUUCGGACGUUAAAUAAUGUUCAUACAUGUGCGGGUCGGAUACGGGAAUCAAAGAGUAAGAUGAUGAGGUCUCGUGUGGUGUCCUCCCUCAUUGUGGACAGAAUUCGUGCAAAACCAGAGCUGAAGCCAGUUGAGAUUAUACAUGAGUUCAAAGAUUACUAUGGCAUAGACAUUUCAUACUACCACGCAUGGUUUGGCAAGGAGUUAGCUAAAUUGGACGUUCACGGUGAUGAGUCGAAGUCCUUCAAUGAGUUAGUGUGGUAUGCGGACGCCGUAAAGGAAACUAACACUGGUUCUCUCUGCACUAUUGAUUGUGAAGCUGGAAUUAAUCGCUUUCGACGGUUUUUUGUGUCUUUUGGCGGUUGCAUUGCUGGAUUUCAAUAUUGCAUACCCUUGUUGUUCAUUGAUGCUACGUUUUUGAACAGCAAGUACAAGGGGCAGCUUCUCUGUGCUUUGGGAAAGAAUGAAAAUCAAGGGUUUUAUCCUCUAGCUUUUAGAGUUGUUGAUUCUGAGACAGAGGAGAAUUGGACUUGGUUUCUUCAACAUUUGGCUUCUAUAUUGCUACCGAUGGGGAGAGUGAAUUUGAUAUCAAAGUACCCGAAGUCAGGUUAUGGGAAACUGCUCCAAGACCGUGUUAUCAAUUUAUUUAGUAGAUGCGCACAUGCUGUUACGGAGGAAGAGUUUAAGGUAGCAAUGGAGGAGUUGGUGAUUGUUGGGAGUUCGAAAGUGAAGGCAUUUAUAUCUGAUUUGUCUAGAGAUCACUAUGCCAACGCAUUUUUCAAAGGAAUGCGUUAUGGGGAGAUGGCAAACAGUUUAGCGGAGUCCUUUAAUAAUUGGGUUGGUGUGUUUCGAGAUUUGCCGGUGCUACCUUUGAUAGAAGGGAUUCGACAGAAAUUGAUGGUAUUGAAUUCUCAACGACGAAUUGAAGCGGAGAAGUGGACAACAGUUUUGUGUCCGGAGAUGGAAACUAGACUCUGUGAAAAUGCGGAGGCCGGUAGGACUUGGGCAGUUCGUCGUUCUAAUUGCACUGUUUUUGAAGUAUUUGCUGAUUAUUCUGUGAUGGUUGAUCUCGAGCAAAGGACUUGUUCUUGCCGUCUUUGGCAAAUUGACGGUUUUCCUUGCACACAUGCGGUGGCUGCGAUCCUAGCAAAGAGAGAUUCAGUUUAUGAUUACGUGGAGUGUUACUACAAAACUGACUUUUUUCGAAAAGCCUAUGAGAGUCCUAUUUUUCCUAUUCCAGAUAUUGGGAAAGGAUUGGGCAGCAAUGGUUCUGCAGCUGGAGUUGUGCUUCCGCCAAUUACAAAGAGGCCAGCCGGAAGACCACCAACAAAGAGGAUCAAAGUUUUUGGUGAAUUUAAAAGGCCAUUGAAAUGCAGUCGGUGCAGUGUUGCUGGGCACAAUAGGAAGACUUGCAAGGCUAUUAUAUGA